AAUGGUGAGCAAGGGUGCAUGCGUAGCGCUGGUACAUACUCGCAUGCAUACACAUGUAUAUAUGUAUGCCAAGUUAUCAAAAUUUCAUCACUCCACCUCAGACGGUGCUGAAGUAGGAAAUUCUCAAAUCUUACAUCACUAUCACUGUCUACAUUACCGUGAACUAUGGACCGAGAGCGCGAACGCGGAGUGGACACUAGACGAUCAUUCAACCAUUCAACGAUCAAAGAGAAUAGUAUAUGAAUAUCAGACUCUAAAUAGCAAACAAUCAUUGAAAAAUGGAAGAUAAAGAAUGGUAUGAGAGAUUAACUAAAGUGUUGGAAUGCCCGGUAUGUUUAGUAAUACCGGAAUCAUCUAUUUUCAUAUGCUCGAAAGGACAUUCAAUUUGCGAUCUGUGUAGGAUACAAUUAAAAAAAUGUCCAAUAUGUACUAGUGAUUUUUUAGAAGAUGUGGCCAGAAAUUUUGUGGCACAAGAUUUGGUAUCCACUUUGGAACAAUUAAAGUUAUGUAUAGAAGAGGAGGAGAAAAAAGAUAUUAAAUCCCAAACUGACCAGAGUGUACAGACUAAAUAUAUAGUCCAUUCUGUUCAUACACAAACAGAUAAUUUCAAAAUUAAUAAAUUAUCAUCUGUCCAUACACAAACAGAUAUUACAAUGAAGAAAAGUUGCAAUUUGCAAAAUAAUGCAAAAAAACCACAUCCCUGUUGUAUGAUAGGUUCUUGCAAAUAUAAUGCCAGCCAUGAAAAAUUGGUACUACACUUAAGGCAUUUUCACAGACAACAUUUUCUUGAAGAAUCCCAAUUUUCAAAAAUAUUUCCAAAAACAUUUUUAGUACAUACUAAUGAAUUGCCUACACAAAUAGAUUUUGCUUUUUCAGUAAAUAAUAUGGUUAUAAUUUUUUUGAAAUUUAUAAUCCGUAAAGGAUCUUUAAAAUGUUGUGUAGUGUUUAUAAACAAGGGGGCUUCAUUGCCUCUAUUAGGGUAUGAAGCUAAAAUUAUAAGUGAGGCUUAUUAUGAGAAUUAUUAUGGUAAGGUGAAACCGUAUACUAUACUACAACAUGAUACAGCAAACAUAUAUGAUGUUUGUUUUCAUGCAAAUCAAAUGUCUAACAUAGUCAACACUGAAUCGUUUCACUUAAUCUUCACAGUAGGGAGUGAUAAUGGAGCAUAACACAUAAAGAAGCUACUUUUCUAUUAUUUGAUAUUCAAUUCAUUAAUUAGUUUGUAAAUGGAUAAUUGAAAUAUGAUGUAUGCAGUUACCAUUUUCUAUAGAGAUAGUCUAAGUU